CAGCACAUUAAUUGUUUAUCAUGUGCAAACUUUCAUCACGUAGCAAGCAUUGCCGCGUUCUGUAGAAGCCAUCAUAGUAAAAAGUAACGAUAUAAGUAACGAUGAAUUUCGUUACUCGUUACUAAAGAAAAUAAAAUUAUGAAAUAACGACAAUUGACAACGACAGCUUUAAAGAAAGUGAUGAACUACUCAUUGAUGCAGUGAGAGCAUAUCCACAUUUAUAUAAUCAUCAAGAUCGUAAUUUUAAAAACAAUUUGAUGAAAGAAAAUUGAUGGAGGGAGAUAUCCUUGGCAGUGAACUUACCAGGUAAAUAAAUGUUAUUAACAAAUUAUAAUUAUUAUAUAUUAUUCACUGGUUUCUUUACUUUUUCUGUUUAUUUUAUUAUUUAUAUUAAUAAUGUACCAAUUACUACUGUUUCUGAUUCAAAAUCGAUGGCUGAGGCUGCAUGAACGAUUUGGAAGAGAGAAACGCCAACGAGAAUUAGAUUCAAGAAAUGGCAGUGGAGUUUGUUGACGAGCUGUUUUCGCAUAUUAUGAAAAUAUGUUAUUUCUAAAUGAUCACAUUAAGAAAAGAAAGUCCUAUACAAAUGUUUCAAGUGUGAAACAAUCAAAAAAUGAAGUCAUGGAAAACACGGCUUGCACGCAACUAGCAUCGACAGCUUCAAUGACACGCCAAAGAGAUAUCCAUGACUCUAAUUUAUCAAUAAAUAGUGACAUUACUGCAAAUCUGAAACCUCCAGCACCUAAUAGUACCUCGCAAAUCUCAAAUUCAAAAGAUGAAUUGAUCCGACCGUAUACAAAUUUUGUAACAUGUAAGAAAAAUGUUUUGCAAUGCACUGGUCCAGCUUUAUCAGCAAUUGCACUGGACAACGAUUCUGUAACUGGAAGUAAUUCAUCGAGACGUUGUAUAGCUGAUAUACCUCAUAGUUUAGAUGAAUUAGAUGAGAUGUCUAGAAGCUCAAUUUCAUUCAGAGAGUCCACACCUUCUUCAGGAUCCAGUGUUACCCAAGCAACACUAUUAUCACGAAAAUCAUCAAUUAAGAAGAUAAAAAAUGAUUCGUUUCAAUUGGAAAACUCUUUACUUUCACUGUGUGAAACCAUAAGUCAAAAUUUGCAGGGAAAUCGUAAUCCUGAAGUUGAUGGUAAUUGGAAUGAAGCUUUUGCGAAAUUAGUCGUACAUCUAUUAGAUAGAUUACCAUUAAAUGAACAAUUAAAAAGACAGCAAUCAAUGCUAAAAAUUUUAUAUGAAACGGGAGCGUCCCAGAUGCGCACAUUGACAAACGGACACAGCCAACCACAACACCAUAUGAUUAGAGAUAUUCUAGAGACUCUAUAAACAAUGACAUAUGAUUGGAUGUGUCCGUUUGUCAAUGUGCGCAUCUGCGACUCACUCUAUGAAACUUACAAUAAGUAGAAACCUUGAAGUGAGAAUGCAACAUUAAAAUUUUUAAGAUUAUGUUUAGAAUAUAUUUUUUUCUAAUCAGUAUCAAAGUGCAAUUUAAAAUGUAACCAAAGCUACAAACUAUUGCAAUAUUUAAAAUGUAUUUGUUUUAUGUAUUAUUAUGUUUAGACAACAAUAUUAUUAUGUUCAAGUUAUAUUAGAUUGAUGCAAAAAUAAUGUCAAUUUUUACUGUCGAUUUUUAAACUUUGAUGCUUUAUUCUAAUUAAGUUAUAUUUAUGUUCACGUUAAUAUUAUUUUAAAGCGCAUAUUCUCUUCUACUUAUUAGUAUUAGUAAUAGUUUUAAUUUUGAUUAUUAAAUUUGCUGAAAUUAUUAUUUGCUGAAAUAUGUGCAUUUGAAAUUGGAAGUGAAAGCUAAGAACCGAUUAUUUUUGCAUCAACCUAAUAUUUUAUUACCUAAUAUUUUUAUAUAUUUUAUCUUUUUCUUAAAUUAGCAUUUAAGUGGUUUUUUUAUUUCUAUUCUAGUAUGUAGAGAAAAUCCGUCCGAAUGUUUAAGAUUUUUCUUUUAAAUU